GGCGAAUGAAGACCGGAGAGGCGAUCAGGAUGGCAACAGGAGCGGAGUUGGAGAUCGGGACCACAACAGGGACCACGAUCGAUACUGUGACUGAGACCAAAUUCAAGUCAGGAACCGGACAGCGAUCGGGAUGGAGACCAUGAACGGGGGCAAAGGCAUGGACCACCUCGAUGUUUUAGGUGUAAACGAGUUGGGCACUAUGGGAACCAGUGUAACUCGUUUGAUGCCCCUACGGGCCACGGCAUCCGGUGACUCCCACCGAGCAAGGUCGUCGUCGCCAAGACGUGGACAUCAAGGGCGUUCCUCUUCAUCCGGCGAAUCACGCCGUACGACCGAGAUUGAGAUUUUGGAACGUAACGUUGCCAGUUUUGAGGAAAAGAUUCAGCUAAUACGUUCGAAGAAGGAGGAGAAAGAAGCCAAGAAGAAGGCGAAGGCACUCACCAAGCAAUGUGAAGAAGCGGAGCGAAUUGAGCGAGAGCAAAGUAUCGCUAAGAAGAUCGAGAAGGAGAAGCGAGCGGAAGUUAAGCAGAUGGAACUAGCUAAGAGUGUUGAGGUACAACUAUCUUUGAAGAUUGGGGAGUUACGAGAUGACAUUCGGCAGGAACUACGUCGGGUCAUCAAGGGAAAGAGCAAGGCGAAGGCGCCGACAUCCAGCGAUGACGAUUCGGGCAGCGGUAGCGACGAUGGUACGAGUGAGCUGAGCCCCCCUACCGGCCGGCUGACGAUCAAUGAAAAACGGAAGUGGGGGGAGGAGCCGUUUUUCGAGGAUAGCCCUCCAUUGGUCAUCCUGCCAAAAUGUACUCCCGCCAGGCGUACCGUGAUGAAACCCAUCAAGUUGACUCCACGUUUGAAGUCUCACACUCUGAAGACGAAGUCCCAUGCCAAAGUGAAGACACGUUGCCGACGAACGUCGACCUUGAGACUGUGCGGCGUGUGGAACGGUCAGGCGAUUUCGAUGCCUUGAGACUGUGCGGCAUGAUCUAAGUGAUUAUGAUGCCAAAACACUUGAGGCAAUGUGUAAGGGCGUCGGAAUCG